UAAAUAUCAUAUGGCCAAUAAGCAAGCAAUAGGGAUUGUCCAAUAGGGAGGUACUGGAUUCUCCAAUCAGGCAUUGCAGUACAUCACAACUCCAGCUGAACUGAUUAACAGCUGCAAUUGCCCUGGUAAGCUCCAGCAUAGGAGUGUUUGCAGCGCUGCAGACACUUUACUAGUAUCUACUGUAUGAGAUAGCACGGAGCAGAGGAGAUUAUGGGAACAGGGUCUGCAAGUGAACUGGCUGCUUCUGCUUUAUUUGUUUUAUUAUCAUACCCAGAUCUUCUCAUUUCUCAGUCUCUGCCUGCGCUAAGCUUUACUCCCACACUGGUCACUGGGACUGAUUAACCAUGAUAAGGAUGCUGCUAAUACAUGUAUCUGGAGCAGACUGUGCCACGGGCUGCAGAAGUAACACAGUGGGUGAGGACUGGGACUGAGAUCCAAAUUGUUUUUAUUUUUUUUUAUUUUUUUGUGUGUGGCUCCUGAACAGCUGUCCGAUUGCUCCUGUCCCUGGAAAAGCUGAGGGCACGCUGUACUACGCUCCCUGCUCACUUUGUGGACCUGUCCGAGAUGCAUUUGGGCACCAUUUCCAGUCAUCUGCUCUUCACUUCUUACAUUUCCAUUGAACACAUGAGCUUAUCAGUCGGAUUUAGCAUUUUUUGGAACUGACGUCUCCAUUGCCCUCUACAUGGCCGUAUAUUUGGUCUCCGCGCUUCUCCUACUGACCCAGUGUCAGAUGGCUCCUGUUGACUACCCACCUCUUGAAAAUUCUUCUCUUUCAGAGGCUAAAUUUGAAUUGGGGGAACUCCUCAACACAAGUGAACACUCCUCUCCCCAGCCUCCAGGAACAAUUCGUUGCACUCCUCAGACAAUCAUUGUGGGAGUUCGGAAAGGUGGGACCAGGGCGCUGCUAGAAAUGUUGGACAUUCACCCAAACAUUGUGGUAGCUGCAACAGAAGUACAUUUCUUUGACUGGGAUGAAAAUUAUAUCAAAGGGAUUGACUGGUACAGGAAUCUUAUGCCGUUCUCUUAUGAAAAUCAAAUUACCAUUGAGAAGACGCCUGGCUAUUUCACAUCCCUGCAGGCACCAGAAAGGAUCCAUGGCAUGAAUAGUUCCAUUAAAUUACUUCUUAUUCUGAGAGACCCUACUGAGAGGGUCAUCUCCGAUUAUACCCAGGUGUACUACAACAGGCUUGAAAAUCACAAGCCAGUACAAACCUUUGAGGGCAUAGUGAUUAAAAACGGUGCACUUAAUACCAAAUAUAAGGCCAUACAAAGGAGCUUGUAUGAUGUCCACAUGGAGAGAUGGCUGAGAUAUUUCAAUUUAGAUCAAAUUCACAUAGUGGAUGGUAAUACUUUAAUAAGAACACCUCUGACGGAACUGCAAAAGGUGGAGAGGUUCCUGGACCUCCCUCCUAGAAUUGUGUCUUCAAACUUUUACUUUAAUCAAACCAAGGGAUUUUACUGCAUUCGUAGUGACGGGAGAGAGAGGUGCUUACAUGAAUCCAAAGGGCGCCCCCACCCUGUCGUGAACGAAACAGUCCUACAGCAACUGUACUCUUACUUCAGAGAACACAAUCACAGGUUCUACAAAAUGGUCAACCAGUCCUUUGACUGGCACUAACCACAUUUUACUGUGUUAAACCAAUGAAACAUUACAAAAUGCUAAGCUGUGAAUUAAGCCAACAAGAAGCAUUUAAAACAUUUAUAUGGAGCCGACGGAGAACAAAUUCAAGGAAAAACACAACUGGGCUCCACAUUCUUUGUAGUGAACAAGGCCAUGACUUCAAUAGUAAAGAUACAUUUGAUAAGACUUGUUUAAUAAGCAAACACGGAACCCAAGACGCAACAGUUGUUUUCCCUCACUGUAAAUAUGCACCUAUAUAUGCAUUAUUCUGAUAAGUCUACCUUUUCUUGGUGUUUUUUUUAUAAUAGAGUGUAUAGAGACAUACCUAGGCCUUGUGCAGUAGAAAUUGUUUGAAAACCUUUGAUAAAUAACUCAUCUUUGCUAUGGUAACAAUAAAACGGAAAGGUUUCAUAUGAAAAUGUCUAUAAAUGUUAAAGUAACUAAUUUUGUAUAAUGAUUAAUCAAUAUUAUAUUGCGAUCUUUAAAAAAACCCUGCUUUUAGUUACAAUUUUAUUAAAUGUUGUUAGUACAGGUAUUCUGAUAUAGUAAUAAACUGUGAAGCACUUUGUA